CCCUCCGCGUGCGCAGCUCUCCGCUGCCGCCGCCGCCGCCGCCUGUAACCUGCGCCGCCAGGAUGUGGCUGGGGGCUGACGUCGGGUCCAGAUGUGGCCCCGGCCCCGCCCACCCCCGGGGCCGGGCCGCCCACACCGAGCCGCGGCGCGCGCGGCGGCUGUCCCGCCUGCCACAAUGCGCGGCGAGGCUGCGGCCGCGACUUGGCGCGGUCGUCCCUAACGUCGCCACUCGGCAUCCUUAGGGCAGGCCUCCCCUGACGCCCCGCGGGGACCCAACUCGCCCGCGCCCCCCAUGCGCUCACUCUUCGGUGCCCAGCCAGGCGGGCGCCUCGCAGACGCGGAGCCGCGCGGGUGACGGCAGAGGCGGCUGCGCGCCCAGCCCAGCCCGCGGAGAGGGCGCGCCGCGCCCCCGCCCCCCGCCAGCUCUCCGGAGGCCGUGGGUGCGGAUGCGCCGCUGACGACUCGCAGCGACCAGCAGUGCCGCCCGCCCGCCGGCCGGAGCCCGCAGCAUGGCAGCCGCCGCCUAUGUGGACCACUUCGCCGCCGAGUGCCUCGUGUCCAUGUCGAGCCGAGCGGUUGUGCACGGGCCGCGGGAGGGGCCGCAGCCCGGACCCGAGGGCGCGGCCGCUGUCGCCGCCACGCUGCCCCGCGUCGAAGAGCGCCGCGACGGCAAGGACAGCGCCUCGCUCUUCGUAGUGGCGCGGAUCCUGGCGGACCUUAACCAACAAGCGCCAGCGCCCGCCCCCGCGGAGCGCAGAGAGGGCGCCGCGGCCCGGAAGGCGAGGACCCCCUGCCGCCUGCCGCCCGCGCCACCACCCGCCUCCGAGCCCACCUCCCCCGGCGCCGGUGGCGCGGCGGCCGCGCCCCUCAGCCCGGCGUGGAGCGAGCCCGAGCCCGAGCCCGAGGCGGGGCUGGAGCCGGAGCGAGAGCCGGGGCCCGCGGGGAGCGGCGAGCCCGGCCUCAGACAAAGGGGCCGGCGGGGUCGAAGUCGCGCCGACCUCGAGUCCCCGCAGAGAAAGCACAAGUGCCACUACGCGGGCUGCGAGAAAGUUUACGGGAAAUCCUCGCACCUCAAGGCGCACCUGAGAACUCACACAGGGGAGCGCCCCUUCGCCUGCAGCUGGCAGGACUGCAACAAGAAGUUCGCGCGCUCUGACGAGCUGGCGCGGCACUACCGCACGCACACGGGCGAGAAGAAGUUCAGCUGCCCCAUCUGCGACAAGCGCUUCAUGCGCAGCGACCACCUGACCAAGCACGCGCGCCGCCACGCCAACUUCCACCCAGGGAUGCUGCAGCGGCGCGGCGGGGGCUCGCGGACCGGCUCACUCAGCGACUACAGCCGCUCGGACGCCAGCAGCCCCACCAUCAGCCCGGCCAGCUCGCCCUGAGCGCCGGCGGCGGGGCGGGGUGGGGCGGGGCCCGCGGCAAGCCACGCCCUUCCUUGCCACGCCCACCCUAGGCCCCGCCCAGCCCCGCGGCCCCUCCUCCUUACCAUAGCCAUGAGCAGAUGCUCUCACUUCCUCCCGUGAUUCCGUGUCGUUUCCUUUUGUAAUCAGAAGAGAGAGAACUUUAUGAAGUCAAUGACAACAAAAAAAACGAUUUUCUUCACCUCAGGUGUCAAAUUUGUAAAAAAACAACGAAAAAAUUCCAAAAAACACCAUCCACGAUUGCACAAGAGACAUACCCACGAAGGUGAUUCAGCGGUGUUGAACCCCCCUUUCUCAGGGAUGGACAUGUUCCACGAGGUCAGUGAGGACACCCCCUUCCUGCCGCCUUACUCUGUACAUAGAUUUGCACUCUGGAAUUUCCUUUUAGGUUUGGGCACACACUGGGGGCAAGGCAGUGCAGGUGAAGCUCAGCGCAGGCGGCGGAUAGGCCGGUCGGUUAGUUUGGAGCCGUGGUCACCGACCUUGUGCUUUCAGGGCAGACCCCCUAAGCAGGGCCCGCGACUCCCUCUUCCUGCCCCCUGCCCAGCUUCAGCCUCGCCCCAGCUGGCAGUGGGCUCAGAAUGCAGACGGCUCAGAGGGACGCCUUAAGCCGUGAUGGGUAAGGGGAGGACUCCCCAGGGAGACUGUAGGGGUCCUCGCCUCCGGGACCCUGCCCAGGUCCCCCUCGGAGCGCCGGAAGCAGAGAUGCAAACCCGUGUUGGGCAGCCGGCCGCACCAUCUGAUGUCCACAUGGCCAGGGCCCCCGCCCGCUGCUGUGUCCCCACAGAAGGCCCCAGGACCUUCCACUAUUACACCACGUUCUUUGACUGGCCUCCUACAAGGGUGUCCGAAGGUGUCAUUGGUGCGUCCAGUUCCCACAUUCUCCCCGACCGGCCCUGCUCUUGGGAUGCCUUUGUUUGACACGAUGGGUAAAGCGGGGCCACCCGGCCAGACGCUCUGUGUGUGUGGCUUGCUGUGGCCGCGCUCGGCUCUUCACAGAGACUGUUCCGUAGCAAGAGACCGGAACAUUGUGACUUGGAACGUUGGGGGGUGGCGAGGGGGAUGUCAUGGGAAAUGCAGUCGGAGAACGUGCAUUCUCUUUCCUCCCUGGGGAACACCGGACGGAAGUUGUGGGAAACGCUUUUUUCAGACCCACCGUGUCCCCAGCUCAGAAUUAGCGAACCCUCAGCUUCUCCAUGAGCCCUGUGUCCCCUGGACUCCUCCCUUCCCCUCCUACCUGGGAGGCCCCGGCCUGUGGGGCAGUAGGGUGCAGGGCCCCACCGCCAGCCUUUCCGUGCUGACGGGGGCGGGCAGAGAGCCGGGGACGUCUCUCCCGGAGCUCUGACCUGGGCAGGUGGGUCAGGCCGGGCUCCAGCGCACUCCUCAGUGGAGAGCUGAAGCCACCACCUGCCCAGUCACCUCCCUUCCCUUCCUCCAGGGAGUCGGGGCCUGUAAAUACAAGUCCCCAGGACAGUGUGUGUGAGUGUGAGUGUGUGUGUGUGUGUGUGUGUGUGUGUGUGUGUGUGUGUUGGGGCAGGGAGUGUGGGUUUGGGAAGGACUUGGGGUAUCUUGCAGAGACCUCUGUUCAUUUCGAUGAGGAGGGAUGAUCCUUGGGACCUCAGAGGGCCAUAGAGGGGCUUCCCUGAGCCCAGAGUGCCUUGGUUGUGGUCAUUCUGCUUCCACCCCGAGCCGGUCGUGGCGAGGGAUGCAGCACAGAGGAACCCCGGAGACCCAGGCCCAGCUGGUGCUCGUAGCCCCUGGGCGGCUCCAGAGCAGAUGGGCACCCUCCGUCCCUAGCAGCCAGGGGCAGGCAGGCUGCUGUCUGCAGCGCUCUGGUUGCCAUCUCUAACUCUGCUGUGUGUCAGCUGGGAUCAGCCAGUGGUGUGGUGGUGGCUUCUGAGUAGCGUGGUAGCUCCUGAGCUGUGCGGGAGCGUUGCUCUUGCUAUGGGUGGGAACCAGGCGGGAAUGUCGUGGGGUGAGGGGGUGAGGGGGUGGCCCCACCCUGGCUCUCGUUGGGUUGUGUGACAGCCCUGCUCGCAUUUGGUCCAGGAGAGAGAACGGGACGUGCUGGCCACCUGGACGGAGCCGCGCCCUGAGCACCUGGGGUGAGAGCUCUUCACGCCCGGUUCCAAAGUGAGGCCCGGAAGGGCCCUCGGAGGUCCCUCCCAAAGUUGUUUCUGGGUGGGGCAGAGAACGCCACACUCCGAAUACACUUCAUGUCUCAGGAACUCACAUUCCAGGUUCAGGAAUUUUAUUCCAAAGUCCUUUGGUGUGCUCGCCCCGCACGGGUCCCUGAAGGCAGGGAGAAGCCACGUGCCCCGAGGGGCCGCGCUUCCUGUGACCUGCCCGCAGCAUCGCGGAGCAACAAGGGUUUCUGACCCCCCUGCUCUCUGCAUAUAGGAAGGGGGCAAAAGGACUCUAAACCCAGUCAUCGUGGAAUAAAAGAAGAGUGGUUUGUUUUAGAGGCGGGGUGGGAGGGUGGGGGAGGGAGAGCGGGCGUUUGCUGUUUCCAAAGAGAGCACUUAAUUUAAUGUUUUCUCUAAGUGACCCAGGGCUGUUCCGUCUGAUAGAUGGAAGGGUGACAUUGCCUUAAAACAGAAAUAUGCAGGCGUUGGCUCUUUUCGGCAGAUGAGUGUGUCUUCGUUCCCAAAGUAGUUCUCUGAUGGCAGGUUGCGGUCCUUCUGAAGUGGGCCUGGUCGGGAGACAGGCCACCGUACUUCUGCCGCGGGUCACCUGGAGGGAACUCCCGCCCGGCAGCCCCAAGCACUCGGCCUGGGGUUCCAGCCAGCAGGCAACCUGACUCAUCUGGGGCUAAAAUUCAUCUCACUUGAAGGGUGGGAAAAAUCCAUGUAUCUCAGGCUAAGUUCGAAUGGGCUCUUGCUAGCAUCUCAUCAUCGCGACACGUGGAGUGCGUGUGGAAAAGAAGCGUGCGGUGGCAGGCCCCGGAAGGCCGCACUCGCUCAGACCCCCACGGAAAGCAGUUACACGGUUGGCGACCCUGCUGAACAGCCUGUAUUUUUUUCUAAGAUGUAGAAUUGUCUUCCCGGCCUGGGUUUGUUUCAGGGUCUUUCAUUUUUCUGGUUUAUGGCCAUGCUUGCUGGCUUCAGUGUGAGUGAGGAACCCCCAGAGCUCCUAGAAACAGUAGCGAAAACUCAAACCUUUCUUUUGUGGCCGACUCCAGUGCUUGCAAGGCCAAGGGGGCAGAGAUCUCAAAACAAAGGUUGCCUGACUGAAGGGAGAGUUUCCCUCCAAAAAGGCCUACAGGUGACCCUGGACUCAACCAGGGGGCUGGUGUUCAGCCCAUGUCCCGAACAAGGAAGCCCUCUUUGCGUCAGCCAUGUUAGGGUUGUCAGCUCCCCAUACACCUACCCUAUUCUACAGCCAUCGGGAAAAACGCAGCCCCUUCCACGAAGGGCCCUGGGGUCCUCUCCUGUUGGGUGCUAUGUAGGAAUGGGCAGUGAUGCCCUCGAUGGGAAUGUGGUCCUGGAGGUGCCCUACCUACAUCCUGCUGCACCCCACCCACGGCACUCGGGGUGCACGACGAUCCCCCUUUAUUCUGAGGCCACGCAUCCGGGCAGGUGCAGGAUUCGCCAGGGUGCAGCCUCCAGGUGCAAACUUCAGCAGCACUGGGGUCCCCAGACCUCUCCAUGCCCUGGGUCACAGCUCAGACCAGGGAAGGUGAUUCGGAGGUGGGGACAGACAGCUGGGCCACAGAUGGCCCCCAGCCCUCUUCUGGGGACACACAGACAGGGCUGGUGGCUUUCUGGGGUCCAAGUGAAGUGCGGCAGAAGCGGGGUCUCCAAGUCUCCUCCCCUCCCCCCAGCCCAGUGUCUCCAGAAGACUGGCCGCUUUUCUUGCCAGAAGCAGGUGCUAAGGUGGCUGCCAGCGUCCAAGCACGCCCCAGGGACUCGCCCCUAGAGCUCAGCAAACGAGAGGGCCACUGAACAGGGAAGCGUGAUCUGAGCAAUAGCGUCCCCUCAUUUCUCAACUCCUGGUUUCGGCUGUGUUUACAAGGCUACCUGAUGUUUUUGACUUCUGACAGCUAUCACUUUUUUUUUUUUCCAAA